UGAUAAAAGUGUUUUGUAUUUUCCGGUUUAUAUUUCGCCGAGCAGAAAAUCAUCCCAGAUAAAUAAUUGCUAUGAAUAAUUUAUAUUCCACUGUUCAUGUCAAAUACACCAGCGUUUAUCGAGCUUAAUUUCACUUCAUUUUCUUCUCUGUUUCAUCGGGUUAAGUUCUUUCUUUUUCUCUACAGAAAAUACAAGAAAUGGGUUUGCCUUCUUAUCUAAAGCCAUACCUUCUUUUUCUCCUCUUGUGUCUUCUCAAUGUUAUCACAAUUAACUCCAAAAAAUCAUUAAAAGGAGAGGCCGUGCUUUUUGGCGGGAAUUUUCCAGCUUUGUAUGUUAUUGGAGAUUCAUUGGUUGAUCCAGGAAACAAUAAUCAUCUUUUGACGCUAGUCAAAGCGAAUUUUAAACCUUAUGGUUCUAACUUUGAAGGAGGCAAAGCUACCGGCCGUUUUAGUGAUGGCAAAACAAUUGCUGAUUAUAUUGGUAUAUUCUUUUUCAGCUAUUUGGCUCCUGCUUACAUGGGAUUAUCUAAAAAAGAAAAAAACAACCUCUCAACGGGUUUUAACUAUGCUUCUGCUAGCUGUGGGAUUUUUCCUGACACAGGAAAGCAAUUUGGAAGAUGUCUCUCGAUGAAUGUCCAAAUCGAUCUACUCAAUAAAACUAUUAAGAAAAAUCUUAAGAAAAAGUUCAAGAGGCAGUCAGAGCUUAGUAGACACUUGGGUGGAUCGUUGUUUAUGACCGCGAUUGGGGUCAAUGAUUACGCUUUCACCUAUAAAAAGAACGCAACCGAUGCGAAUGAGUUUGCAAGCAAGCUUCUUAAUGAGUUCUUGAUACGCCUCGAGAGAUUAUAUAACUUAGGAGCACGGAACUUCUUCGUGAACAACAUUAAACCUUUAGGUUGUUACCCAAAUAUCAUUGCAGAGACGGUACCUCGUGGAAGCUGCGACGACUCUUUAAACCUUGCUAUCGACAUUUUCAAUGUUCAGCUUAGAGAAAGCCUGUCUCAUAUGCGUCACAAGCUCUCCAACACUUCUUUCUUAUACUCUGACUACUUCAACUUCAUGUUGGAACUUCGUGGACCUUCGAGCAAUCAAGUUAGUUCGAAUCUAUUGAACACAACAAGCCCAUGUUGUCCUAAAGUUUAUAAUGGAGGUUCAACUACGACUUGUUUGCCGUUCUCAAAGGCGUGUAAGGAACCAGACAUGUUUAUCUUCUUCGAUCCGCGCCAUCCAACUCAAAUAGCGAAUUUCAUGUAUGCUAUUCGGUGCUUUCAGGAGAGACAAGUUUGUCAUGUGGUGAUAGAUUAAGCUUGACGAGUAUAUCAGUUGUAUAGUGUGAUAGUUAAAAAUAAUCGAAGUACGAUGGAACAGUAAAAACUAGUGGAUAAAGUUUUUGCAUAAUAAUAAUAUAACUAGAUUUUUAA